UCGGGGAGCUUGGCGAUGGCGGCUGCCGGGGACGCUUCGCGGGAGCCGGCGGCCUCGGAACCGCCGGCGGAGCUGCCUGCCUCGGUGCGGGCGAGCAUCGAGCGGAAGCGGCAGCGGGCGCUGAUGCUGCGCCAGGCCCGGCUGGCGGCCCGGCCCUAUCCGGCGACGGCGGCGGCGGCUACCGGAGGUGUGGCUAAUGUAAAAGCAGCCCCAAGGAUCAUUGACACAGGAGGAGGCUUCAUUCUGGAAGAGGAAGAAGAAGAGCAACGUACAACUGGAAAAGUUGUCCAUCAACCAGGACCUGUUAUGGAAUUUGAUUAUGCAAUCUGUGAAGAGUGUGGUAAAGAAUUUAUGGAUUCUUACCUUAUGACCCACUUUGAUCUGGCAACUUGUGAUAACUGCAGAGAUGCUGAUGAUAAACAUAAGCUCAUAACAAAAACAGAAGCCAAACAAGAGUACCUUCUGAAAGACUGUGAUUUAGAGAAAAGAGAGCCGGCUCUUAAAUUUAUUGUGAAGAAGAAUCCUCAUCAUUCACAAUGGGGUGAUAUGAAACUCUACUUAAAAUUACAGAUUGUGAAGAGGUCUCUUGAAGUUUGGGGUAGUCAGGAAGCAUUAGAGGAAGCAAAGGAAGCUCGACAGGAAAACCGAGAGAAGAUGAAACAGAAGAAGUUUGAUAAGAAAGUAAAAGAAUUACGGCGAGCAAUAAGAAGCAGCGUGUGGAAAAGGGAGACAGUUGCUCAUCAGCAUGAGUAUGGACCAGAGGAAAACCUAGAGGAGGACAUGUAUCGGAAGAUUUGUACUGUGUGUGGCCAUGAGCUGACCUAUGAGAAGAUGUGACUUAAGUUAUUCACAGAUGAAUGGGACACUCGUGUAAAUAAUGCUUCUGGAAGAAAUAUAUAUGUUACAGCUUCA